AAUCAAUUGUAAUGACAGUUUUUCAAAACACGUUCUUUCUCAAAUAACUUUAAUGAUGCGCUGUUUAGAUAUAACGGUAACAUAUAUUCCACAAUUUCAGAAUGCAGGUACAAGUCCGAUAAUUUUAGUUGAUGAAUUACAAUCUAAAACCGUUGAAAACGUAUGAGGAAAAAGGAACCCCAAUUGUUCCUAAAUAAUCACUAAAUAUCCUUAUGAAAAUCUCUCUUGCCGCCAUUAUUUGCGACGCAUUAUCCCAACAGUUACCCGUUACAGCGUUUCAUACGGAAUACAAUCCAUAUCUGGAAUCGUUGAAAAUUAGACCGUGGAAGAGUUUCCAAAGCUAUGUCCAAGUGCGUCCAGGGGCAUUCCUGUUUUACUGGCUGUACUACGCAGAUGGAACUAUCGCCGGGGCUUAUCGGAAGCCUCUUAUAAUAUGGGUGCAAGGCGGGCCGGGCCUGGCUGCCACCGGUAUUGGUAAUUUCGCGGAGUUUGGUCCGUUAGAUAUGGAAAUGCAGCCACGGAAUCAUACCUGGGUUAAUGGGAGAAAUGUGCUGUUGAUAGACCAUCCCGUGGGAACGGGGUUCAGCUACGCCACCAAUGACUCCUUGCUGGUGAAGACUGAUCGAGAAAUGGCAAUGGACUUAUCAAAAGUAAUAAAGGUGUUUUUCAAGAAGCAUAAAGCUUUCCGCAAAACUCCAGCGUAUCUAUUUGGACAGAGUUACGGAGGCAAGUUAAGUCCAAGAUUGGGAUAUUAUCUUCACACGGCAAUAGAAAAGAAACGUCUCAAAAUGAACUUCAAAGGCAUAGGUAUCGGAAGCGGAUGGGUAUCUCCAAGGGAAAGUACCUUGGUCCAACCGGAUUUCUUGUACCUUAUGGGUGUCAUCGACCAGAACACUUAUUUCAACGCCAAAGAGAUUGUGAAGGACAUGAGCGUGUUUAUAGACAAAAGUGAAUUCAUGAAAGCGUUGAGACUGGAUUCGAUAUUGUUCGUCAUGUUCCACAGAGAAGGUGCAAUGGACAUAAAUAUGAACAAUAUUAAUCAAGUCAGUCCAUACCCUGCGUUAGACAAGUUGGCAGUGAAAGUGAAUAAAUAUGUGAAGCCAAUGCUGUCUCACGUCGUGAAUCAAAGUUUUCAGUGGAAUUACCACUCGGAAAAAGUUUUUACAACGCUUUAUAAGAACUUUUUCGUACCGUCUACAAAAUUCUUAGAAAUGCUUUUGAAUAACACGAAGUUAAAGAUAGCCGUUUACAAUGGAAACUUGGACGUAGUAACACCGUUAGCUGGUGCAUCGAACUGGGUUCACAAGUUAGAGUGGCCCGGCGCCCAAGAGCUGAAGGAAGCGAAGAGACAACCGAUCCGAGGGUUCAGGAACGGCUUCUAUAAACAAUCCCGACAGUUGAGCUUCUGGUCUGUCUUCGGAGCUGGCCAUUGGGUAAAAAAUUGUCUCAAUUUUUAUAGUCUACUUUAUUGGGUGAUAGCUGCCAGAGUUAAAAAAAUGCCAUUUAUAAAUCGAUGUUAAGUUUCACAAAAAGUAUACUUUUUAUAUAGCGCUAUUAAAUGAGAUUGCUAUUUCGGCGGUUGGAAGGGAGGCUUACAACUUCUUGGUCACCAAGUCACCAGUUGGCGCCAGAGGCGCGCGAGGUCAUGCCAAGUAUUAAAAGUUUCGUUUUGUAUGAUGUAGUCAAUGGUUUGAUUAAUUUCUAAGUAAUUUUAAGAUACGAGUAAAUGAUGAAUAUUUGUAGAUAGGUAAUUAACUUAUUAAGCGAUUCAGCUGUUCCUAAUUCCUAUAUUAAAAUGUAAUUUCGUUUAUAGAUUGUGUUAUAAGUGCCAUGACUCGUAUUGUCAUGUUUUUUAAAGGUUAGAUUUGACAAAUCUGUGCGUCAUCGUGGAUGACACGAACUAAUAAUAUAACUAAGUAUACUUA